GGCAGAAAGAGCUUUGGAGAGAGACUGAACUCUGCAGCAUAGAAACUGAGCAAUAAUCCAGCGCUGACACUGGCCAGAAAAGGCGCCGCCAGCGAGACCUGCGCCAGAAACGGGCACAAGGAAACUGCAAAUGUAAGUUUCGUGGGAAUACAAGGGACGGCCGGGGAGAGGUGGAUUUCAUAAAAGCUGAAUAAAAAUAGAAGCAGGGCGACAGAGGAAUGGUGAAUCUGGAACACGGUGCCGGCGAGGAAGGGGGAGAAGUUUAUUAGCGAUUGCAGCCUCGAGUACCAUGCGAGACAACUGGGAGCCAGCAUGAGGAUGGACGAGACACCGAGAGGUGUUUAAACAGGGGAACGGUGGGGCAGCGAUCCGCUAGACAGACAGCGAUCAGAGCAAAAUAAACCAGGCAAAUGGAAGUGUAGCACGAUCGGAAUCGCUGCUGAUUCAGACGGAAUCAAAACAGAAACGAAAAUAGAAGGUGCCUAGUAAAGAGGAAGCAGGGGAGAGGCGACUAAAAUGACUUGAACGGCAGUGGGUUGCAGCCGUACAAGACUGAACUGCUAAAACCACUAUUUUGUAACAACAACAUAAUCAGGUGGAGCCAGGCAAAGCGGAAAAGUCACAGAAUCAACUCGGGGGGAAAGCGGUGUAAAUGAGGAACGUGCGUGUGAGGAGGCACUGAAGUCAGCUCAGUACCUUGGAGGAUCUGAGGGAACGGGGAAUAGUCUCGAGUCCUUCUCCCUGAGUUGUUGCAGGGCCGGGAGGAAAGCACUUACAGCCGUUUCUCCCAGCUCCAGCCCGUACCGGCAGCGUUACGGCCAUAUCUAAUGAGGUGAAACUUCAUUCCCGUGAGCCCUGUCUCUCCUGAGGAUCUGCUGGAGCCGUCCCCGUCAUUCCCGGGGGUGAAUUGCUCGCUGUCUGUUGGUGCCCGUUACAUUGAAGUCAGCUUUCACUCUCCUUUCACGGGCGAUGGAUCCUCCUUCUUGCUCCAAGAAGAGCCUGUCCCUGUCCCUGCCCGUCCCCAGAGAGGGGCAGAACACUCUGAAACCCCCGCAGCACCUGUGGAGGCAACCCCGAACCCCUAUCAAAAUCAAACACCGCGGCUACUCGGACACAGACCGGCAUGUACACCGCCAGAUGGAACGGUCUAACGCCGUGGAUACAAGUGACAGACCCGGGCUGAAUAAAUCCCGCAUGUCCUGGCCAUCGUCCUUUCAAGGAACUCCCAGACGUUUUGAUGUUGAGAAUGGUCCGUCUCCAGGUCGGAGUCCACUGGACUCGCAGGCGAGUCCAGGACUGGUGCUACAUCCAACAUUCCCUCAGAGCCAGCGUCGGGAGUCGUUUCUUUAUCGGUCUGACAGCGACUACGAUAUGUCACCCAAAACAAUGUCCCGAAAUUCCUCCGUGACAAGUGAAGUACAUACUGAGGACCUCAUUGUCACUCCUUUUGCUCAGAUCCUGGCGAGUUUGCGCAGUGUGAGGAACAACUUCACUGUUCUGGCCAACACCCAAGGACCCCCGAAUAAGAGGUCACCAGCAGGACCACAGCCUGCACUGUGCACCCUGUCAGAUGAAACUUAUCAGCAACUGGCAAAAGAAACCCUGGAGGAGCUGGACUGGUGUUUAGACCAACUGGAGACGAUCCAGACCUACCGCUCUGUCAGUGAGAUGGCCUCAAACAAGACUUAA